AACACUGGUACACAAGUUUCGAAGUGGCAAAGCCACAUUCUUAUGUCUGCUUCCUCCAUGCUCAGUGCCCGCAUCGGUCUCCUUUCUGUCUGCAUUUUGAAAUCAAUCUUUCCGUCUCUCUCUCUAUAGGAGACAUACUAAGCGACUGAAGACUUGGAAAGAGAACUCGUAAAUUCUAUUGACUAAAGAGUGAGAAAUGGAGAGCAGCGAAGAAGAUGAUGAUUUCCCAUCAAUAGAAAGCAUUACACCUCAGUCCAAGAUCGAUUCCCUCUAUCAAUCACACACUGAAAAGUCUUGACAUGUCUAAUUGAGAUGACUCGCUAUUGAAUCUUUUCGCGAACAAAGUAACAGUCAAUUUCAAUAUGCUUAGUUUGUUCAUGAAAUACUGGAUUAGAGGUGAUGUGCAGAGCUCUUGGUUAUCACACCACAGUUGAGCAGGGAAUUAGAAAGCUUUGUUGUGAGCUAUUGGAUUUGAAGGAUGCAGUGGAAAAUCUAUGUGGCAACAUGCAGACAAAAUAUUUGGCUUUCUUGAGAAUGUCUGAAGAAGUAGUUGAAAUGGAGCAUGAGCUCAUUGAGCUGCAAAAGCAUAUAUCCACACAUGGGAUUCUUGUGCAGGAUUUGAUGACUGGUGUUUGUCGUGACCUGGAUGAGUGGACCCAUGUUAUUGGGCAAGAUGAUGACUCUCAGCAAAAUUCUGAAAUCAAUGAACUUCAAAAUCCUUUGCCAAGUGGUUCAGAUGAUCUCAAGACAAUAUUCUUGGAGAAUAUUGAUAUCCUCUUAGCCGAACAUAAAGUAGAAGAAGCGAUAGAGGCGUUGGAUGCUGAAGAGAGAAACAAUCCAGAGCUGAAGGGCUCAGGAGAUGCGACAUCAACUGAUGCAUCCUCUUACAAAUCAGCCUUUCUGAAGAGAAAAUCAGUCGUCGAGGAUCAGCUAAUAGAGAUCGCUGAACGGCCUUCAGUUGGUAUUUUGGAACUAAAGAAAGCCUUAUCUGGUUUAAUCAAGUGUGGGAAGGGACCUUUGGCACAUCAACUACUGCUAAAAUCAUAUGGGUCCCACCUAGAAAAGAGUAUUGAGGUUUUGCUUCCUUCAUGUUCUCUGUGUCCAAAAACAUUUCCAGUGACACUCUCUAGGCUUGUGUUUUCAAAAAUUUCAUUGACAACAAAAGAAUCUGGUUCCAUAUUCGGGGAUAAUCCUUUAUAUACUAAUAGAGUUGUCCAAUGGGCAGAAUGGGAGAUUGAAUAUUUUGUACGGUUGGUGAAGGAGAAUGCACCUCCUUCAGAGACAGUUUCUGCAUUAGGUGCAGCUAGCAAUUGUGUUCAGGCUAGUCUUAACUACUGCUUAAUGUUGGAAUCACAAGGUCUGAAACUGUCAAAGUUGCUUUUGGUACUCAUACGGCCAUACAUUGAAGAAGUGUUAGAGUUGAAUUUUCGAAGAGCCAGAAGGGUAAUUCUUGACAUGGCAGAAACUGAUGACAGCUUGCUCCUGUCCUUGCAUUCAGGGUCUCCAUUAUCUAUGUUUGCAACGGCAACAGAUAAUGUUCUUGUUGAUAGUGGAAUGAGAUUCAUGGACAUUAUUGAAGAUAUAUUGGCACAACUAACUCCCCUGGCUGUUUUGCAUUUUGGAGGAAACGUGUUAACUAGAAUCUCACAGCUCUUUGAUAAGUACAUGGAAGCAUUGAUUAAAUCUCUCCCAGGUCCUUCUGAUGAUGACAAUCCUACAGAGCUGAAGGAAGUUGUACACUUUAGAGUUGAAACAGAUUCUGAACAGCUUGCACUUUUAGGGAUGGCAUUUACUAUUCUGGAUGAAUUAUUACCAUUUUCUGUAACAAAAGUUUGGAAUCUGAAGAAUGAAAGCAAUGAACUAGCAAGUGAAAAUGCUGUGCCAAGUACAGGUGUUACAGGAGAAUUGAAGGACUGGAAGCGCCAUCUUCAGCAUUCAUUUGACAAGCUUAGAGAUCACUUCUGUCGGCAAUAUGUUUUGAGUUUCAUCUAUUCAAGAGAAGGAAAAACACGAUUAAAUGCGCAAAUUUAUAUAAAUGGUGAUGGUGAAGAUUUAUUAUUUGAAGAUCCUCUGCCUUCAUUACCAUUUCAGGCGUUAUUUGCUAAACUUCAGCAGUUAGCAACUGUUGCAGGAGAUGUGUUACUUGGGAAAGAGAAAAUACAGAAAAUUUUGCUUGCUAGAUUAACUGAAACUGUUGUAAUGUGGUUGUCUGAUGAACAAGAAUUCUGGGGCGUGUUUGAGGAUGAAUCAAUUCCACUUAAGCCACUGGGGCUGCAGCAGUUGAUUCUUGAUAUGCACUUCACAGUAGAAAUUGCACGUUUUGCGGGUUAUCCAUCUCGACACAUUCACCAGAUAGCUUCGGCCAUAAUUGCUCGAGCAAUCCGGACCUUUUCAGCUAGAGGCAUAGACCCACAAAGUGCUUUGCCUGAGGAUGAAUGGUUUGUGGAGACUGCAAAGUCAGCCAUCAACAAACUUUUGUUGGGAACAUCUGGAUCAGAGGCAUCUGAGAUUGACGAGGACCAUAUAAUACUGCAUGAUCAGGUUGUAUCAGAUUCUGAGGACACUGCUUCUUCCCUCUCAACAGUAGAAUCCUUUGAAUCUUUUGUUUCUGCAAGUAUGGGUGAACUUGAUAGCCCUGUCUACUUCACUGAUCCUGAAGGCUAAAAGUUCAGAGCUUUAACUCAAAGGUUUUCAUGGUAGUGAUCAUUUGUUCAUGUUAGAUUAUUGAUCUUUCUGAAAAAAUUUGAUUGUGCAGACAGGUCAUGAUAUAGGAGGAUAUUCUUAAUUGCAAGAAAUGGUGAACUAAUCGGAAUUCAUUUUUAAUAA